GCGACCCUCGCAUGAGAUGUUUUGAAAAAUUGGCCGUGAGGAAUUAGAUACUGGCCCAAAAUCACCAAUUUUGAGGAUAACCGGAGGAUGGACACAGAGUGAAAUAAGGGUGUAGAGUUCUCUUGAGUGUUAGAAGUGAGAACUCUUGGGUGAUGAAGAAGCUUGUAGAAGUUCUCCACACAGCCAUUCAGAAAGGGGACAUUGCUGAAGUUGAGAAGAUCAUAUCCAGUGCUCAAGAUGAACUUGGUAAAGAACUACAUGUGAAAGAGUUAUGUGAGAAGUCAAAUCCACGCUCAGGGGAUCGAGCCAUCCACCUUGCAGCCAGACAGGGUCACAUCACUAUCAUCAGGUGGUUGCACAACAAGGGAGUGGAUUUAGAGAGUGCUAACCUAGAUGGAAAGAGAUCCUUACAUGAAGCAUCUGCUAUGGGCAAUCUAGAUUGUGUUGAUUAUCUUUUGGAGCAAGGAGUUAUGGUAGAUCCCCUCAAAAGGGCUGAUUGGACCCCUCUUCAUCUUGCCUGCACAAAGCCUAAACUAGAUGUUGUGAAGUCACUAAUCCAUGCGGGAGCUAAUCCAAAACUCUGUAAUAAAGAUGGAUGGAAUGCAUUCCAUAUUGCCAGCAGGGAAGGACAUGUUGAUAUUCUGAAUUUUCUCCUUGAGUCUUCUAUGGACUUGUGGAACACUGUCAGCAAAAAUGGACGUACCCCUUUGCAUACAGCAGCCUUGCAUGGGUGUGUAGCAGCUGUGGAGAUGAUGAUGGACAGAUGUAACUUUCAGACAGAUGAGCAAGAUAGCUGCGGUUCAACACCUCUUAUGGAUUCUUUGAGGGCUGGACAUGUAGAUGUUUCAGAGAUACUCAUAGAGAGACACAAGGCUGAUGUAGAGAAGACUGAUGUUUUGGGUCGUCAGCCAAUCCAUCUUAUAGCCCAGGCAGGGAGCUUAAAAUCUGUAGAGUUUCUGGCAAAAAGAUACAAGAUCAGUUUGGAUACAACUACCAGCACUGGUGGUCUCUCACCCAUGCACCUAGCUGCAAAGGAGGGUCAAGUAGACGUUAUUGAGGCUUUGAUAACCCUUGGAGCAGACAUCAACAUCACUGAUAACAAGGGUAGAACAGCCCUACAUAUUGCAGCAGGUAGUCAGAAAGCUAGCUGUGUCAGUGCUCUUCUUCAACACAAUGCCAAGAUGAUGAGGGAUAAAAGUGGAAGACUACCAAAGGAUCUAGCUCAACAGGAGGACGUGGUCGUACUUUUUGAUGGGUCAUGACAUUAACUAGGACUAGGGCAUCAAGUUUUAGAACAAGAUUUGUGAAGAGAUCUACAUCGAUGCCAAAAACAACUCUUGACAAGAGGGUGGUCCAUGGCAUAAAUAAUCACUCUUGGAUUCCAGAGAGUUCCUGAACAUUUUGCUCAAAUGUUAACUCCAUGAGCUGAUGAUGCGUCCUUGAUCAGACAUAUAAUCACUUUUAGGCAAGUAGAUGGGAAAUAUAGCACUAUCAAGUGGAAAAAAUUAUACCAAACACUCCAUCACAAAAUGUAAUGAAACAAACAAAAAUUAUAUUUUUUAAUAACAUUUGCUUGCCAAACUACAAAAUUUUCUUAUAAUCAAGUCAUGACAUGACAGUUUUUAUGUGGAGGAAUCUCAUCUUGCGUCUACCAGGCCCCAUGAAAAAAAAGGUUAUAAAAGCGCAACUGAAGAAAACAAUGCAACCUGUAAUUGUAACUAUUUAUACUUGCUGGAAAUCAAGUUGCAUUUAAUAUUUGAUGUUGCAACUCUUUCUGCAAUGGACCUAGAUCAUCUAGGACUUUCUAAGAUGUUUCUAUACAUUAUGAUUGAUUGACAACCAUUCAUCAGUUUAAAAAAAAUGUGAAAUGGAGUAUGCUGAAGCAUUUGUUUGUAUAAUUCAUGUAAUUAUUUUACUUCUGUAAACGUGAAAAUUUUCUUUUAAUGUAAAUAAAAUUGCCCAUCGAGGCCAAAAUGUAAAGAAAAAUAAUUUUUCAAUUACCCUACACUACUGAUUUUGUAUGUCACUGGAUAUGCAAACUAGUUUGAAGUUGGGAUUGCAUUAACAAACACCCUCAAGUCUCCUCUUUUCCAUUCACUUCCCUUUUUCUUUUCUUCUCAUUCUCCUUCACAUCUUUAUCAUCACUCCUCUUCAAAACAAUCUGAUUCCUUCAAUAUGACAGCACUUUGUAGUAAAGUGUAUAUCUCAAGGAAUGUGAUGAAUAAAGGGAAUUCACUAAAUGAAGACUACUUUUGCUUGUUCAGAGUCACAAAAUCAUAAUUUACCUGUCAAUUGAUUCAAAAUUAUGUCAUCCAUAAUAUGUUCAUUGAUGUAUAAUAUUCAAACGUAUUUAUCAAAAUCAAGUUUAGAGUGGGUAAAGAUUAUAAUGAGAUCGCACACUGCAAAACAGAUGUUAGAAAGAUGUCUUUUAACUUAUUUUUAUUAGUACCAAAGCAAGAAUACAAUGACAUGACUGUUACAAUACAAACACAGUAUAACAUG